AGUUUCAAAGAAUUUUUUUUUGUUCUUCUAAAAUAGUUUCAGGAUAAAUAACUUGUAGCAGCUGGUCAUCAAAUUCACAUACACUCAUGGAAGGCUCACAUCACUAAGACUGGCUAUGAAUAAUACAUCGGCUCUCAAGGGAGGAUUGGGUUGGUCUGCUGCUCCUUCGCAGUGUUCUCCUGCCAUUCAACAAUAGCAAGCCAACUUUCAACUAUUGAAGAAAGAAGAAAGAUGAUUUAGAAUAACAGGAUUGCUCAUCUGUAUCGCAAGAUCCUUCAAGCAGCUCACUACUUGAUGUCCAGAGAUCCCAGGGUGGAGAUGAGGACACACAGUGAAGACAAUUAAUGAAAAUGAGAAGAUCUAUUGCUAUAAUUAAGAACAUCAAGAUCAGGAACAACUGAUAAAGGAGGUCAGGCUUCACACACAUGGACAAAGCCUAUUUCCUGGAAGACACAACUUCUAAGCAACAGGAGGAUUUGCCUUAUGAUGAGGGUUUCUCCCAAGUUAAGAUAUACCAUGGUUAUAAUCUUACCUCAAGAUAUGACAUCCUUGAUGUCUCAAAUCAAAUGAAUUUAACAGAAGAUGAAUCUCAAGAAAAGGCUACAUAUAGAGAGACUUGCCAAGAGGCAGAUAUGACCAUGACUUUGGAUAAAACGACUGAAAAUGCUGUCAGCAAAACAUGUGAUAAAGAGAAUCAAUGCACCAUAAAUCUUUCUAUUUCAGCUAAUCAGGAAGACACUUCAAAGUCAAACAUUUCUGAUAUUUUACUCCAUCACCUUUUCAAAGAAGAAUUCUCCAAAGAUCAAGGCAUUGAUUGUGAAACUCUCCCAGAGAUCUCUAAUAAUGACAGUUUUGAUGAAGCUAUUAUUAAAAAUAUUAUUGUGUGGCAUGUUAAGAAUUCUUGGCCAACAGAACAAUCCUCAGAACUUACUGACCAACUCAACUCCAAAAGCGAUGAUGAAAGUAGCAAUAAGCCCAGUUGUUCUCUGACCAUGACAGAGGAAAACACCUCCGAUUCAGAUGAGUUAGUAGCUGCUGGAGAAAACAACCAUGAGGAAAAUUCAAAUUUUCUAACUAAAAUCAAGUGUCUACAUGAUAAACAAAAAAGUUGCCUAUGGCAGACGCCUCAGGAACAGGCUGAAAAAGCAAGCUCUGGCAACAAGUUCAAAUACGGCCACAGUCAAGUUUAUUACUGGUUCUCUGAUUUCUCUAAGGUUGCUCCCAAAGUGAAAAUUCCUAAAAAUAACAUAAUUGACAAACCACUUAUAACAGAUCCACAAGCCAGCUUUUCUCCUAAAUUGAGAGAGAAGUCAGCUGUUGGGCAAGAUAUUUCAGAAAGCACAUCUAGAUCAAAUUAUGUUGAAAAACAAGAGCAGACGUGGGAAACUAUUGAACCUUCACAAUGGGUGGAGAUGGAGCCCACAGUACAUAUCCACCAAGAACAUCUCACAGGAAUAGAAUCCGAGCCGAAUCUCUCUAAGUUGCCAUCAACUUCUAAGGAAGACCCUUCCUUGAGUUCUUCUUACAUAUUUCAAAAGAUAUCCCAGGGGAAGGAGAUGUGUCAGAAGUUAAAAGAACAAACUGAUCAACUGAAGGCUAAAGUACAAGAAUUUUCCAAACGCAUAGCACAGGAUUCUCCCUAUCAUUUUCAACACAGAAGGCUGGUCCUGGAGAAAUUGCAGGGACACCUCGAACUGCUGGAGCAGGAGUUUCUGGCCAACAAGGAGAAGCACCUGACAUUGAAGGAACAAGUCCACAGGCACGAAUCCCGAGCUGUCAACGACUUUGAUCCAGAAAGAAAAGUAGAAGGUGAAAUCUUCAAGUUGGAGAUGCUACUUAAAGAUUUUAAAGAGAAAAUUAAUAAAAGCAGAUGUACUUCAGCUGUCUCUCUUCUCGUGAAUUCUCCAAUCAACCUGGAUGACUUGUCAUUCACAUCCUCUCCACUCUCAAAUGAGGAGGAGCCCAGCACCGCCUCGGGGAGGCAGGACCGUGCAGAGACGACCAGUGCAAGCUGUGCCUUCUGCCUCCGCCUACUUCAGUGGAAGCAAAAAACAGGGAAAAAAGAUCACAGAGGAACUGACUGUGGAAGGUUUCCUAUCGCCAUUCAAGACAAGGUGCUGCACCCAGACUCAGUUCUCGGUUCUGAUACAGGACACAGCUGCUGUUGUGCAUCUCGGAUUGGACUGCAGAGUAGUAAGUGUGAGAACUGUGGCACUAAGAUUCAUAACUCCCAGAGAGGCUGCAGUAAAGAAUCACCUAAAGAAUUUCAUUAUAGAUACAACACCCCAGGACAGAAUUUCUUUAACCAUAGAGAAAGAAGUGCCUUUGCUCGGCUCCACUAUUUAAAUGAAAAUAAUUCUUCACCUACUCAUUCAGAACCAAAAUGGAUCUGUUUCCAGAGAGCAAAUCCAAAAUCCUGUAAUGAUGGAUGUGAACCCAUACCAAGAAAGUCAGACCUUGCUACACUCUCACCCCAUUCCCACUCCUGCAGGAUUUCUGAAAACACAUCCUCCAGCAACUUUAGCAAGAACAAAGAAACGGAAUCUGAGAUUUUAAAUUCGUCUUUGGAUCAUGCCCUAAGGACAGCAACCAUUUUGAAACAAACUACUGAUCAAAUGAUUAGAACUAUUGCAGAAGAUCUUGCCAAAGUACAAAGAUGGAGGAAAAAGUUGAAAUACUAGUUUGAUUCAAGGCAACCAAGGAUUAAAAAAAAAUGCAGAGAAAACUUGGUCUUCCCUCCAAAGGUAUUUUACUUAUUAUACAACUUAUGAAGAUGACCUUCUAGAGAAAACACCAAAAUUGCAAGAAAUGGGGGACACAAUUUUUUUUUUAAAUGGACCUCUGAUUCUUAAAAAUCAAAGUCAACACAUAUUUGUUUAAAAAUAAAUGUUACUAACUUAUAAUAAAAGAAAUGAAAAUAGUAAAAUAUACUUUCCCUGUCAGUAUGGCAAAAACUAAAGUUUGAAAAACCCAGGCUGUGUCAGGGAAGAUGGGGGAGAUGAGUGCUCUCAUACACUGCUGGUAGAAGUACAUAUUAGUGCAACUCUGCUGAAAGGCAACUCGAUAAUUGCUACCAAAUUUUACAAAUUCUAGAAGUAUUUACCUUCUGAGCAGCAAUUCCAUUACUAGUAUUUUGCUUUGUAAGUCACUCAAACAAGAUGUCACAUAAUUUGUAUGAGGAUGGCUACUGAUGGGAAGGGCUCACAAAUGGAACACAUCUAAUACCCUCUGUGAUGAUUCAAAAACAAUGACAGUCGGGACUUCCCUGGUCAUCCAGUGGCUAAGACUCUGAGCUCCCCAAACAGGGGGCCUGGGUUCGAU